AUGGCGUCAUUUGAAGACUACGACGAGUUCGGAAACUAUAUUGGGGCGGACCUCGACUCGGACGAGGAGGACAUCCAGCAGGAUGACUUUGCCCAGCAGCCACAGCAGCCCGCGCCAUUGGAGGGGUUCGACGACGAGCCAAUGCAGGAGGCGGGCGAGGGAGCGUUGAUGGAGGUUAACGAACCAGUGCACAACGCCGUCAUUCUACAUGAAGACAAACAGUACUAUCCUACUGCCUCGCAAGUGUAUGGCCAGGAUGUGGAAACACUAGUGCAAGAGGAGGACGCGCAACCGUUGACAGAACCCAUCAUUGCACCGGUCAAAGUGCGCAAGUGGAACAUCGAGGAGAAGGAUAUGCCAGAGACGCGCUUCGACAAAGGAUUCAUGCUCAAUAUGCUUGCAUUUCCUGAGAUGACCCGCAACGUUGCUGUAGUCGGUCACUUGCACCAUGGCAAGACCGCGCUCAUGGACAUGCUCGUCUUCGAGACGCACAAGCUGGUAUGGGACUCGGACAAGCCGUUGAGGUAUACGGAUACCCACCACCUAUCGCGCGAGCGUCUCAUCUCUGUCAAGUCCACACCAAUGUCCCUCGUCUUGCAAAACACGGCUGGAAAGUCGCACCUAAUCCAUCUUAUUGAUACGCCCGGACAUGUCAACUUUAUGGACGAAGUGGCGUCAGCUAUGCGGUUAGUAGACGGCAUCGUUUUGGUCGUGGACGUUGUUGAGGGCAUGAUGAUCAACACAGAACAUAUAAUCCGUCAUGCGUUGCAAGAGAACAUCAAAAUCACGCUCGUCGUGAACAAAAUCGACCGUCUUGUUCUUGAACUUCGCAUACCGCCCGCAGACGCGUACUACAAAAUCAAGCAUACCAUUGAAGAAAUCAAUACCUUCAUCAGUGGCAUUGAUCCGGACCCUGCUCACCGCGUCAGCCCCGAGAACGGCAAUGUCGCGUUCGCCAGCACGGACAUGGGCUGGUGUUUCACACUACGCUCGUUUGCCGAGAUGUACGCGGAGACAUACGGUCCUAUGGACACGGCCUCUUUCGCUGACCGUCUCUGGGGUGACAUCUACUUCAACAAGGAAACGCGCAAGUUCACACGCAAGGCCGCGGACCCUGAGUCGCGCCGUUCCUUCGUCGAGUUCGUCCUCGAACCGCUAUAUAAACUCUACAGCCAUGUGAUCAGCGAGGAUACCGAACAGCUAAGGGAAACGCUCGAUAGCUUGAAUAUUUUUCUCAAGCCGGUCAUGUACAAGAUGGAUGUACGCCCGUUGCUGAAGGCCGUGAUGGACCAGUUCUUUGGGCCGUCGACUGGUCUUGUUGACAUGAUUGUCGACCACAUACCCAACCCCAUUCAGGCUGCUGAGGAGAAGGUUGAGCGAACAUACUCUGGCCCGAUGUCGUCCGACCUCGUGCAGUCGAUGAAGUCCGUUAACGCCGAAGGACCGGUGAUGGUGAACGUCACGAAGCUCUACCAGACCACGGAUGCACAGUCUUUCCGCGCGCUUGGUCGCGUAUACAGCGGCACUCUCAAGAAGGGCGCGAGCAUCAAGGUGCUUGGAGAAGGAUAUUCUCCCGAAGACGAGGAGGACAUGAUGAAGGUGACCGUUGAGGAUCUGUGGGUAGCCGAGUCCAGAUAUUUCGUCCCUGUUGACGAAGUUCCUGCCGGUAACUUGGCCUUGAUAGGCGGAGUCGACGCUUCAAUCAUGAAAACUGCUACUCUGGCGUCCGUCGACAUUGAGGAGGACCUCUACAUCUUUAGGCCAAUCAAGCACAUGACGGAGUCUGUGUUGAAGAUCGCCAUCGAGCCCGUCGCACCAUCUGAGUUGCCGAAGAUGUUGUCUGGUCUCCGGAGUAUCAAUAAGUCGUACCCGCUCGUCUCUACCAAGGUAGAGGAGAGCGGCGAGCAUGUCCUCAUCGGCACUGGCGAGCUCUACUUGGACUGUGUCAUGCACGAUCUGAGGAGACUGUUCUCGGAGAUUGAGAUCAAGGUGUCAGACCCGGUGACGAAGUUCGCGGAGACGGUAUUGGAGACGAGCGCGUUGAAGUGCUACGCCGACACGCCGAACAAGAAAAACCGACUGACUAUGAUCGCCGAGCCGCUCGAGCGAGGUAUCGCAGAGGAUAUCGAGUCCGGUCGCGUCAACAUGCGCAUGACGCCAAAGGACCGCGGCAAAUUCUUCCAAGAGAAGUACCAAUGGGACCUGCUCGCUUCGCGCUCCAUCUGGGCGUUCGGUCCAGAAGAAUCCGGCCCGAAUAUCUUGCUCGACGAUACACUGCCUUCGUCCGUCGACAAGAAGCUGCUCGGGACCGUCAAAGAGCAUAUCAAGCAAGGCUUCCAGUGGGGCGCACGCGAAGGGCCAUUAUGCGACGAGCCUAUGCGAAAUGUCAAGUUCCGUAUACUCGACGCAAGUCUGGCACAAGAGCCUAUAUUCCGUGGCGGAGGGCAGAUUGUGCCGACUGCUCGUCGCGUGUGCUACUCGUCGUUCCUUAUGGCUACUCCGAGGUUGAUGGAACCCGUCUACUUCGUGGAAGUGCAGGCACCAGCUGACUGCAUAUCUGCCGUGUACACCGUCCUAGCGCGCCGGCGUGGACACGUCACUCAGGACAUUCCCAAGGCGGGCUCGCCACUGUACACCGUGAAAGCGCUCAUCCCGGUCAUCGACGCAAACGGGUUUGAAACGGAUCUGAGGACAGCCACGCAGGGCCAAGCAUUCUGUCUGCAAGUGUUUGACCACUGGUCGAUCGUACCUGGCGAUCCCACGGACACCAGUAUCAAGCUGCGUCCACUUGAGCCGGCGUCGGGUCAGGCGCUUGCCCGCGAUCUUGUGCUCAAGACGCGUCGGAGGAAGGGUCUGGGUGAUCAGAUCUCCGUGUCGAAAUAUCUCGACGAUGAGUUUGUGCUCGCUCUUUCGGCGUCGGGACACGCGGACUUGCUCGGGUAG